UCGUCGUGCGCUAUCGGUGAACGGUCAUCGGAGGCGUUAACGCCAUCGACCAUGGACGUCACGGCGCCUUAUCCCGCAGGCCAUCAUGCUGGUCCCCUUCUCCGGCCGAUGCGUCCCUCGGCUCCUCCCCUGCUCGUCCCAUCUCUGCCUCGUGGCAGUCUUCACCCUCGGCGCUAUCGCUCAAGCGGCGCCCCCGAGCAGCUUCCUGUCGUAUGUGAAGGACAACAACCUCACGAUGACCGACUUUGCACCGCCCCCGUACGCCUCGCACCUUUCAGGUGCACCAGACCAGCGCAGACGCAACCACCUGGACGACUUUCUUUCUCCCUUGCCGCAAGCACCCGCCAUACUGACUCCUGAUAAUGACACGCCGAGCUAUUAUGUACGGCGCCAUUCCUGGGGUUUGUUGACCUCUCCCUUGAUCAGCCCGAGUCGAGAUGAAUGCGCUGGAAGUCGUGGUGAUCUCAUUUCGGUUGCUGCCUUUGGUGGUGACCCCACUGGCGUUGCGGACUCGACAGCCGCGUUUGCCAUGGCCAUGGGCGCGGCACUGAAGCGCUGGGACGGCAGCUACUUGGCCGAGUGAGUGAGCCAUUGAGCGACUGCAUCCAAAAUUACUUCAUCUCUCGGUGAUGGAAUUGGCGCCUGUCUGCGUGUGCAGGGGCAUCAAGAACUUGGGCGGUGCGGUGAUCUCCCUCGGCGGCGGCCGGUAUUCGGUGUCUGCGCCCGUGGUGAUCCCCCGGGGCUAUGGUAACCUCCACAUGCGUGACGGCACCAUCAAGGCCAGCGACACCUUCCCACACGACUGCUAUGUGGUGGCUGCUGGGAGCGACGGGUGCACGGGGGAUGACGAGGACCUCGUCAACUUCAACGAGCACCUGUCCUUCUCUAACCUCAUGCUGGACGGCAGCAACGUUGCCUAUGGGGUGCUGUGGCUCCACCACACCAUCGGGGCGGUGGUUGGGACGAACCUGUUCUUAGGGUUUCAGCAGAGGGGCGUCUAUAUCCGGCUCGGACACGAGGUGACAACAGCCGAGCACCCAUCGAUCCCUCACAAACAGACAUCGUUUGUGUGCUGUUGUGGCGGUCAGGUGGUGGUCGAGUCGACGUGGAUGGGUCAGUAUCUGUUCUCGGACGAGCGCAAGCAGACGAGCCAGACGGCGACGGCCAUCUACAUUUCGGCCAACGACCAUGUGGUGUCCAACGUAGUCAUAUUUUCGGCCCUCGUCGGAGUAGUCGACAAGUGCGUUCUUCGGAUCAUCCGUCACUCCGGAUCACUAUCAUGUGUCUGAUGUCAUUUGUUUAGGGGUGCGGGCAACACCUUUGUGGGUCUGCACAGCUGGAAUGGGUCGGGGACAUCUUUCAUCUCAACGGGAUACAACACGCGCAUUCUCGGAUGGUACAUAUGCACACAGGGAGCGACCCAAACGGUGUGGCAUGCAUGGUGUGUGUGGUGUAUGUGGCUAUGGCUGGCAGCUACCCUGACUUCAACGACGUCAUAUUGGAGAACCCCUACCACGUCACCGUAAGCAAGAAUGGAUGGACGGCAGUGCAUUCACGGUGCUCACUCCUGCCACAUGUGGGUGCGUGACCACUUAGGUGACAAACAGUUUCUUCCUCGGCGGUGCGCAGAUUGUGCUGAGGGCCAACAGAGACGAGAAAACCGCCCGGCGGCCGCCUGUCAUUCGGGUGGGUCCUGCUGCCUCUGCCGCACCUCCAACACACAGCGAAUCUAGCUUCAUGUGUGUGUGAGAGUGUGUUUGUCGAUGGAUUGGUGCAUAUUCAGGGGUUGAUCAUCCGCACCAACACCUUCGACUUCAGCGACGAGAGCAUCAUUCAGCUGCAUGGCGAGUUCGACAGUGUGUCGGACACCUUCAUCGGCGGCAACAUCGUCAGCAACAACAUGACGGCCGUCAGCACAUCGUCCACCAGACAGCUGCACCUCACAAACGCCACCGAAUGGGAAUUCGACCUGUCCGAUGAGCUGCUGUUCGCGACCAUCCAGAGGGUGCAGUAUUCUCUGGAGCUUGACGACGGCCAGCCGCUGGUGCGGCAUGCGUCGCGGCCGGCCCGGGGCAAUCGGGUGGUGGUCGAGACGGAUGUGCCAGUGAGCGGCACUGUGACCAUCGCCGUCGACCAGAGCAGGCUGACAAAGGGCGGCCUCUCGGCCUGAGGGACGACUGUGGGAAACGCAUCAGUGUGUCUGUGUCUGUGGGCUUACACUCGACUCAGCUUAGCUCGUGUGUCUUUGUGGACAGUGUGUGUGUGUGUGUGUGUGUGUGCUGGUUGGUGUUUCGUCUCGUGAGGUAGAAGAUCGAGACGGUGUCAAGUAGGCUGGUGCACACAAACAUAGAUUUGUA